GGUAAGGACGACUGCUGCUUGUCUGCUGAGAUCGUAUUAUUACAUGAACUAUUUGUUCUGAACUGUUGGAUCCGAAGCUAUUGUGAGGCAGUGACAGAUUGCUGUUAUUUUUUUAUUGUGUUUAUUGUGCUUUUUGACAACAAGAUAUCUCUCCAGCAUGUGACACUGUGUUGUGAUGUGGGUUUAUGUGUGUGUCUGGGCAUGCAGCCGCAAACACAUUGCGCCAUGUCAACUGAGGUGAACCAGGCAUGUCUCUGCGUCCUCUGGGCAUGGAGCCACCCCCGGAGCGAGAGCUGUUGUGUAUCUUUGGGACGGGGGACCUGGGUCGCUCUCUGGGCCAGCGGCUGCUCCAGACGGGCUACAGGGUGGUGUACGGCAGCCGCAGGCCCCACAGCUGUGGCCCCCUGCCCCCGGGGGCUCAGGUUAUGAGCCAUACAGAAGCUGCACAGCUAGCCGCUGUAGUUAUCGUCUGCGUUCAUAGAGAACACUACGAUUUCAUGGAAGAAGUAGCGCCUCAACUGAAGGGAAAGGUAUUGGUGGACGUCAGUAACAACAGCAAGAAGGGCCUCUACCCAGAAUCCAAUGCUGAGUUUUUGCAGAGCCUGAUCCCUGCAGCGUCUGUUGUUAAAGCCUUCAAUACAGUCUCAGCCUGGUCUUUACAGAACGGACCUUCAGAUGCUCACAGACAGGUGUUCCUGUGUGGGGACAAGGCUGAGGCCAAGCAGGCGGUCAGAGAGCUGGCUACCAGGCUGGGCCUCAGCGUCCUGGACAGAGGCAGUCUGUCAGCCGCCAGGGAGGUGGAGGACUUCCCCCUGCAGCUGUUCCCCGAGUGGAGGCUACCUCUCUGCAUCGCCACCGGCCUCACCGCCUUCUUCUUCUUCUACCUGCUCAUCAGAGACGUUAUCUAUGCCUAUGUGGAGCAGGACAAGGACAUCUCCUUUAGGAUCAUGGUGUCCCUGGCCAACAAGGUGUUCCCCAUCGUAUCUCUGAUCAUGUUGUCUCUGUGCUACCUGCCAGGCGUAAUGGCUGCCAUCCUUCAGCUGUAUAGAGGAACCAAGUACAGGCGCUUCCCUGAUUGGCUGGACCACUGGAUGCUGUGCAGGAAGCAGCUGGGCCUGUUGGCGCUGGGCUUUGCCUUCCUGCAUGUGCUCUAUACUCUGCUCAUCCCCAUAAGAUACUACGUGAGAUACAAAGUUACAGCACACACAGUGCUGCAGAUCCGGGAGAACAAGACAGCGGUGUUCGAUACGACCUCCGCCUGGCGUACUGAUUCCUACUUUUCCGUUGGGAUUCUGGGAUUCGCAUUGUACGUUCUGCUGGGGAUUACCUCCCUUCCCUCUGUCAGCAAUGCACUCAGCUGGAGGGAGUUCAGCUUCGUACAGAUGGCGGUGGCGGGCGUUUUGGAUAAAACUACGGACACACCGUUGACACCUGCGGGGGAAGACGACCACUCAGGUCCCGCGUCUCCCAUGUGCCAGGCUCGGCCGGACAAAGAUGAGCAAGAAGAAGAGGAGAUGGAGCAGCAGGAGGAAGAGGACGAGGAAAGGGGCUGGCAUGGUCAGCCACAGCCAACCACAGCCAACCACGGCCAUGAUGCUAAUGCUACCACUGACAUUAGCAAACGACCUGGAGAUGGACCGCAGCGCCCUAUCAGGAAAAAUUACCCUUCAAGGCUAAUAGUUUCUCCUGCCUCCGUCGGAUUAAGAACUAUCUACGGAACAGCAGCGGUGAUACCCGAAACAGCAACUUGGCGCUGCUGUCCAUCAACAAACAAAGGACAAAGACUUUGGAUGUUCAGGCGCAUCAUCGACAUCUUUGCCUCCAAUCACAAAAAACCGGCGGAUUGUACUCAUUUGAAAAUCUCAACCUGUCCAAGCUGGGCCACCUCACGUUGUUGCUCUGCACGCUCCACACCUACCUGUAUGGCUGGAACAAGUUCCUGAGGCCCUCCACCUACAAGUGGUGUACCCCGCCGGGCUACAUGCUGUGUCUGGUGGUGCCUUCCGUGGUCCUGGUCCUCAAGCUGCUGAUGGUGCUGCCCUGUGUGGACCGGAGCCUUGGCCGCAUACGGCAGGGCUGGGAGCGGACGGGGCCGGAGGGCGAGGGCACAAAGCCACUAAUGGCAUAGGAGGAGCACAGAUACAGCCCUCCCUACAACGUAUGCACGCCAGCGCACACACAUGGAUUGCCACCCAUUCUGAAACAUGCACACAGGGUUGUGUGCAAUUCCUCCAGCAUCAGUGUCAGUUGUGUAACCCACCGAUCACGAUCAGAGGAGGUCAUAGUCAACAACAGGCCAUCCCUCUCUGUGCAUUGUGGUUGUUCUUAACUUCAGUUAACUGCAACCACAUUGUACUACUUCCUGCCUACAUACUCACAACUCUAUCAUCAGAUUGUUAACUCUUUAUGUUGGCAGUGGAAGACAUUUGCUUGAGCACAUUAUUGUCAGUGCCAUGCAAUUUCGCUUUUCAUUUCUGAAAAUGGUCUGAACUCUACAGUGAUUGGAGAUUGAGGGAUUGUUUUGCCUUCUACAUAUGUAAAAUAUCCAUCAAUGAGGACAUCAUGUGCAUGGUUAUACUUUACUUCCUACUGCGAAUACAUGCUUCUGUGAUAUAAAUUUCCUUCCUUUGGUUGUCCACGUAAUGUAUGAUUGAAUUCUUCAUUUUUUGCUGCUAUUUUAAUAAACCUUACACUAUAUUAUCCCAAAUAA